AUGAAAUCUCCAGAACCAUUGAAAUGUCCAGAACAUUCAAAACCUUUAAGUAAAAUCUGCAUAGAUGAAAAAUGUGAUCUUUAACCAUAUUUGUGUGUAGAUUGUCUUUAAACUCAUUUAUGUCAUAGUUAUGAAAUAUAAAAUGGGAUUGAAGAGUUUGCAAAAAAAUUGAAUGUUAAUUUAACUUAGUUUGAGAAAAUGCAACUUUAAUUUAAGUAACUGGAUACUGAUUAAUUUGCAACAUUUAUGAAGACAUAAAAGUAAAGGGUUUCUGAAGAUAUGUAAAAAAUUAAAAAGAAAAUAAUGCAAAAAUGUGAUAAUUUAGAAAGUAAACUCUUAGAAACCUUAGAAGAAUAGGUGAUUAUUUACAAUAAAAAUGUUUAACAAUUCAAAUAACAAUUGAAAGAAACUGAGAAAUUCCAAUCACUCCAGAAAUCGUCAGAUUUAUCCAUACUUAAUUGCAUUUUGGGUGUAAAACUGCCUAAUCACAAUGAUCCAAUAAAUGUAAUGAGAAAGUUUAAAUCUCAUCUGUUAAAUUAUACUAUAUUUUCUAGUAGUGGCAAGAUCAAGCAAUUAUAAGAAUAAUUGAUACUUUUAUAAAGUUAAUCAGUGUUUCCACCCACAUUCAAAAGUUAGGAAUUCUAAAAGAAUGAAUACAAUAGAUUAAUUAAUUACUUCGAUUAAUAUUUAUCAAAUAUUGAGUCAAACAUCAAAACCUAUAUUAAGUCAUUUCCAAUCACUGAUUUUGAUUCAAAGAGUAUUUAAAUCAAAUCAACAAAAAAAGAAUAGAAACUAAUUGAAGAGGACUAAUGCAUUACUAGUUUUGUGAUGUUACAAAAUAACCUGAUCUAUGCAUUGAAUGAUAUGACAAUUAAAAUAAGAGAUAAAUGCUACAAUGAAGUUGAAGUAAUUCAAUGUGAAACAUAAAUAAAUUGCAUAAUUGAGAUCAAUUGUUAAAUUACAGAAUUGACACAGUAGAUUUUAGUUAACAAGUCAUAAGAUUUAGACUUUAGCAAAGCAACCAUAUUGGCUUUGGGAGGAGAUGAUUAUACUUUAAUUUGGAACUGUUCUUAAUCAAGUAUUUAGCAAUUAAGGAAGGUGCAACAUCAAAGAAUGAGCAAAGUUGUAUCUCUCUUAAGCUUUGAUAAUCUAUUGUUAAUAGGGGAUUGGGAUGGACAAAUCUUUGGCUAUGAUUUAAAUUUAUAGAAUCCCCUUUACAUUGUUGAUACAUCAUCUACGAUAUUGUUUGCACUAGUUAAAUCAUCUAAGUUUGUAAUUUCUGCAUCCAAAUGUGAUUUAGAAUAAGGAGGCAUCAUAUUUUGGAAUUACAACAAAAAUGACUUGUAUUAGGAAAAAAGAAUAAAAAUUUAAUCUGUUUAGAAGGUGGCUUAAUCGAAUGAUCAAUUGUUUGUGGUUGACAUAAAAAAUAAGUUGUACAUAUACGAUUGCAGAUCUAUUGAGUUGAUUAAAUCAUUUAUUUGCAGUGAGAGUUUUGUAAAUGAAAUUGCUAUUGAUAAUUCCUAGCAGAUUUUGUAUGUCUUGAAUUAAACUUGCUUAAAAUCUAUAUCGGAUUAAUUCUAAUGGAAUUAUUAAAGCUAUGAAGAUUUUCCUUGUCUUCAAUGUAGAUAAUAUUAUUAGAGCAACAGGCUUUUCGUUAACGCAAAUGUGAUUGCUUUCAUAAGACAUUUGCAUCAAUGCAAACAUGAAUAGGGAGAUGAUGAUAAAUGUUCAAUGAAGUCGACAUUGUAUUUAAUGUUUUGA